AGUUUCAAGUUUUCAGAGAUGUACUUCACAAUCCUAAGUUUUGUGAGCUUCCUGGCUGCAGCCUCUUGUUACCCUCGUUACACCACUCUUAUUCCCAAUGGGGACAUAGUUCCAAACCCGUGUCUGAUUGGUUUGUGGCAGGGCGUGGGUCACUACAACUCAUCUGGAGGUGGAGCUACUAAUGAGUUUGGAUUGGACUUUGCUGCUGCCGGACAUGUGUGGUCUCAAGAACUAUGCCUGAAGGACUCUGACCGAGACGGUUUGACCAAUGGACAAGAGCUUGGUGAUCCGGGAUGUCGGUUUGCAACGUCAAAUCCUGGCCAUUUGGUGGCGCCUCAAAGUCACCCAGGUAUCUGUGAACCAAUCGGAAGUAACAAGUGCGCAUGGCAGACAUUUCGAUGCUAGAGCCAACGUCCAGACAUCGUGAUCCCCUUUUCAGGCUUAAUUAAAUAUCUUCCUUGUCACCGCAAGCUGUCAACACAAAUCUUUUUAUUACAUCUAUAACGAUAAGCAA